CCUUGGGUUCUGGUUUAUCCUUUGUGGAAGCAACAAUCAUUCGAUUCAUUCUUCUCUCUCUCUCUCUCCGUCGCUCCUGCUUUGAGAUGAGAUGAUAGUUGUGCAAGUGCGUGCGUGCCUUGGCAUUUGGGUCGUCCUCCGCCUCCUCCUGUGGCGGUGAUUUUUGUUUUCAUCUACUCGUAAGUCGUUUAGCACUUAGCACCACUGAUUAAAUUUUCUAAUUUUAACAACCAAAUGGUGCCCACAUGCACCGCCACCCUGUCAUUUCCCCAAAAUAACAGCUGUUGUUGUUUCCGUUUUCUCCGUGGUUUUCUGAUCGAUCUGGUGUUAGUGGGUAGGCGAGGUAAUUGGUUUUGUGCUGCGGCUUUUGCCAUCUCUCUUGCGACAUAGGAAGAGGAAGAGGAAGAGGAGGAGGAGGAGGAGGAGGAGGUGAUUUCUAUGGCCUCCCGUGGUUCCACCUCUUCCACCAAUGGUCUUUUGCCUCCGCUCUCCAAUCAUGACGAAGAGGCCGGCCCCGGCAAGGCCUUUGACGACGACGGCAUCGACCCCCUGACCUCCGAUCCCUUCGACAUUGCCCACACCAAGAAUGCGCCCCUCGAGACGCUCAGGCGAUGGAGGCAAGCGGCACUGGUGCUAAAUGCUUCCCGUCGAUUCCGAUACACUUUGGACUUAAAUAAGGAAGAAGAGAAAGAGCAAAGGAGAAGAAUGAUAAGAGCCCAUGCACAAGUCAUAAGAGCAGCAUUACUUUUCAGACUGGCUGGGGAAAGGCAAAUCGUUUUAGGUCCCACGGCAACAACCUCAACUCCAACUGGCGAUUAUGCAGUCAGUCUUGAACAACUUGCUUCUAUGACAAGGGAUCAUAAUAUUUCUGCUUUACAAGAAUACGGAGGGGUUAAAGGUUUAUCUGAAUUACUGGAGACAAAUCUUGAUAGAGGGAUCAAUGGGGAUGAAACUGACUUGUUAAGAAGGAGGAAAUCAUUUGGAUCAAACACUUAUCCUCAGAAGAAAGGGCGCAGUUUCUUGAGGUUCCUGUGGGAAGCUUGGCAAGAUUUAACCCUUAUAAUCUUGGUCAUAGCUGCAGUUGUGUCAUUGACACUUGGAAUAAAAACAGAGGGUCUGAAAGAAGGAUGGUAUGAUGGGGGAAGCAUUGCAUUUGCUGUUUUUCUUGUUAUAAUAGUCACAGCUGUUAGUGAUUAUCGACAAUCUCUUCAGUUUCAAAAUUUAAAUCAGGAAAAGCAAAAUAUUCUAUUGGAGGUCUUGAGAGGUGGUAGAACAGUAAAGAUUUCGAUAUUUGAUAUUGUUGUUGGUGAUGUUGUACCUCUGAAAAUUGGUGAUCAGGUCCCUGCUGAUGGCAUCUUAAUUGCUGGUCAUUCUCUGGCCAUUGAUGAAUCUAGCAUGACUGGAGAAAGCAAGACUGUCCACAAAGAUCAGAAAGCACCUUUUUUGAUGUCUGGUUGCAAAGUAGCAGAUGGUGUUGGUACCAUGCUGGUAACUGGUGUUGGGAUCAAUACGGAAUGGGGAUUGUUGAUGGCAAGUAUCUCGGAAGAUACUGGUGAAGAGACUCCGUUACAGGUACGAUUGAAUGGAAUUGCAACUUUUAUCGGCAUAGUUGGGCUUUCAGUAGCUGUUUUUGUGCUUGCUGUCCUUUUGGUCAGGUACUUUACUGGAUAUACAAAAAAUCCAGAAGGAAAAGCCCAAUUUGUGCAUGGCAAGACUAGCGUUAGUAGCAUAGUAGAUGGAGUCAUUAAAAUAUUCACAAUUGCAGUCACCAUUGUGGUUGUUGCAGUGCCUGAAGGCCUUCCUUUGGCUGUUACCUUGACCCUAGCUUACUCGAUGCGGAAAAUGAUGGCAGAUAAAGCCUUGGUGCGUAGGCUUUCAGCUUGUGAAACCAUGGGCUCUGCAACGACAAUUUGCAGCGAUAAGACAGGAACAUUGACCCAGAAUCAGAUGACUGUAGUAGAGGCAUAUGUUGGGAGAAAGAGGAUAAAUCCACUUGGUGACUCUUGGCAGUUGCAUCCAGUGCUAUCCUCUCUACUUGUUGAGGGAAUUGCACAGAAUACCAUUGGCAAUGUUUUUGUGCCUAAGGGCGGUGGAGAUAUGGAGGUUUCUGGAUCUCCUACGGAAAAGGCUAUCCUUUCUUGGGCAAUCAAGCUGGGAAUGAAUUUUGAUCUUGUGAGAUCAGAGUCAGUGGUUUUACAUGUCUUCCCUUUCAACUCAGAGAAAAAGCGUGGCGGUGUUGCUGUAAAACGGAAUGACUUUGAAGUUCAUAUACACUGGAAGGGAGCAGCUGAGAUUGUUCUAGCCUCAUGCACAGGGUAUCUUGACUCAAGUGGUUGCUUGCAGUCCAUUGAAGAAGAUAAGGAAGUUUUUAAGGCAGCUAUAGAUGACAUGGCUGCAAGCAGUUUGCGGUGUGUUGCCAUUGCAUACAGAUCAUAUGAAUUGGACAAGGUUCCUACUGAUGAGGAGCAUUUAGCUCAAUGGGUUUUACCUGAAGAUGGCCUUGUUUUGCUUGCUAUUGUUGGUAUAAAGGAUCCCUGUCGCCCUGGUGUCAAAGAAGCAGUGAAAGUCUGCACAGAAGCUGGUGUAAAGGUAAGAAUGGUCACAGGAGACAAUCUUCGAACAGCAAAAGCAAUAGCUUUGGAGUGUGGGAUACUUGCUACAAGUGAAGAGGCUACUGAGCCUACAAUCAUUGAGGGAAGAGCAUUUCGUGAAUUAUCUGAGAAAGAAAGAGAACAAGUUGCCAAGAAAGUCACGGUGAUGGGGAGGUCUUCUCCUAACGACAAGCUCUUGCUCGUCCAAGCACUUCGUACGGGUGGAGAAGUUGUUGCUGUAACAGGAGAUGGCACUAAUGAUGCUCCUGCACUUCACGAGGCAGAUAUUGGUCUUUCUAUGGGCAUUCAAGGAACUGAAGUUGCGAAAGAAAGCUCGGAUAUUAUUAUCUUGGAUGAUGACUUUGCUUCAGUUGUAAAGGUUGUCCGCUGGGGACGUUCUGUCUAUGCAAAUAUUCAGAAAUUUAUCCAAUUCCAGCUUACAGUUAAUGUUGCAGCUCUUGUGAUUAAUGUUGUGGCAGCAGUAUCAUCUGGUGAUGUUCCCUUAAAUGCAGUGCAGCUUCUAUGGGUAAACCUUAUAAUGGACACUCUUGGAGCACUUGCUUUGGCUACAGAACCACCAACGGACCACCUUAUGCAUAGAUCACCCGUCGGCAGAAGGGAACCUCUUGUAACAAAUAUCAUGUGGAGGAACAUACUCGUGCAGGCUUUGUAUCAAGUUAUUGUCCUCCUUGUCCUCAACUUCUGGGGCAGGAAUAUUCUUCAUCUGAAUCAUGACAAUAGGGCACAUGCAGUUGAGGUGAAGAAUACUAUGAUAUUCAAUGCAUUUGUCCUCUGCCAAAUAUUCAACGAGUUCAAUGCUCGCAAGCCAGAUGAAAUAAAUGUUUUCACUGGAGUUACCAGAAACUACUUGUUCAUGGGAAUAGUUGGAAUCACCUUCGUACUACAGAUAAUCAUCAUUGAGUUCCUGGGGAAAUUUGCAUCAACAGUAAAACUCAAUUGGAAGCAAUGGCUUAUAACCAUUGCUAUCGGUGUUUUGAGCUGGCCUCUAGCCAUGAUUGGUAAGCUCAUUCCUGUUCCCGAGACUCCGUUUGGCAACUGCUUCCAGCGAUGCACAACUGCUCGCAAUGCUUGACUUCCACUACAAACCAUUUUUUUCGUGGUUUAUUUGUCACAUUAAAGCGUGAAUCAUUUUCAUUAGAUAUCAUCUAUACAUAUAGAUUAAAUAAGAUGAUAUUCUACUUUCCUCUUAAUUUUAUCCCUUCACUCCCCAAA